AUGUCCCGACCAUCAGAACCGACCAUGCAGCGCGGCAAACUCGCGCACUACGCGCCCUACCUCGCCAAGCAGUCGCAGAAACCGACCCCCGUCGUGCCAUGGCGCACCUUCCUCCCCUUCCUCCCUCACCCCGAGAAGACGGCGCCCCCGCAACCGCCCCGACCGAAGCUGAAGCCCCUGCCGGAGGGGUGGGAACGCUCCUUCCACGCUGCGCCGGCAGCGUACCCGCGCGAGAUCCGGGAGGGCCACGGCGACCUCUCGCGGUCUUCGCACCCAUAUCGCCGCUCUCCUGUGCCGGCGAGGGAGAGCAAGGAGGAGAAGAGCAGACGCCAGGCCGAGGAGCUGAACUACUCCAUCGACCAGGAGUAUGCCGCGCACCGCUGGGAUCUGUCCGAGGCGCGCGCGGCCGCGCCAAAGGGAUUAUGGAGCAGCGUGGAGCGCUGGCGCCGCACGCAGCCGAGGGGCGGAUACACGCUUGUCGUGACGCACGCGAACGGGCUGCUGAAGGAACAGUGGCACCCUGCGCUGCUCGAGCUGCUCGCUCGCGACCCCUCGGCGCCGGGAGCCACGUUCGGCACGAACCAGCCGCUGAAGCACCAGAAGCCCGUCGAGAUUGACGAGGUCUGGCUCAUGGACAACACGAACCAGGCCGGGUCCAUGGACCUGAACGCGGGCGCGAUUGGCCCCGCGCAGAUCUGGGACGACUGUGGCCGCGACGUGCUCUAUUUCGUCAAACACGUCCUCCCCGCUCUCCGGAAGGAGGAAGAUGCGGGGUGGCACUUGAAGUACACGGAGCAAGCACCCAGUCGCAAGGUGAUUGGCGUAGGGCACAGUAUCGGCGGCAACGCCAUCGUGCAGGCGGCGCAUGCCGCGCCAGAGCUGUUCGAGGCAGUCUUCCUCGUCGACCCCAUGUGUCCCCCGCAUCCUGUGACGCCCGAGGAAUGGCGCCGCGACGGCGUAAAGCACUUCAAGCUGUCUGCCGGCGCGCUGAAAAGGCGCGACGUCUGGCCCUCCCUCACCGAAGCGCGACGGCUCAUGGCCGACAACCCCUUCUACAAGGCCUGGGAUCCGGCCGUGUUCGAGCUCUGGCUGUCCCAUGGCCUCGUCCCUGUAGACUAUGCCAACCCCUCUGGACCCGUCACGCUGGCCACGCCUAGUUGGAGCGAGAGCAUCUGCUUCACGGAGCCGGCGGGCGAGGCUCGGGGCUGGGACAAGCUGCCAUACUUGCCCAUGCCUGUCGGAUUCGUCAUGGCCGGAACAAACUUUACGACCUAUGGCCCCGAGCUGACACAGGAGAUGGUGUGGCGCCCCCAACGGCCGAGGAACGAGCGCGUCAUGGAUGCCGGACACCUCAUCACGCAGGAGAAGCCGCACAAGGUCGCGGACGCGCUAUGGCGCUUCCUCACCACCUAUGCGGCUGGGGAAUGGGGACUAAAGCAGGAGAUCCAGGACGCGUACGCGGCGCAGUCCAAGUUGUAA